GUUAUGUCGGAGGACGGUUCUCCACCUUUUUGCGAUUUAAAAGCUACCACAUCAGUUUUUAUCGGCAGAAACAACUUUUUGCUCGUUGUCUGGAUUUCCGCCGCCAAACAGUCACCUUUCUCUAACGUUUCUUUGUGCUGUUGUUUCGUUUCAGGUCUCAUUGAAGAUCUGGCGUCGAGGAUUUUUCAACUGUGCGAAGAUCAAAGCCCAAAAAACUCAUUUUUUUCUACUCGAGUAACGGACAUUCUCUUACUACUUUUUUGCUCCAGAUUGUUCAAGAAGGAAAAGCUCAAUUUCAGCCACCAUAAUCCCGCCCAUUAUGCCAUUUUUCAGCCAAUAAUGCUAAAGUCAUGACAGUUUACGUUCUUCUAAACUGUUAAAAAGCUGAAAAUUAAGCACAAUAUAUUAAUAGCAGCCCGAGACGCAGAGGAGAGGUUUUAAUAGUAAGUGUUCUUUCAAACCAAUUUGAAUCGAAACUGCGUAACAGUUGUCUGUUGAAAAUGAUUCCAGAUAUAAAUAGAGAUGAAAGAUGAAAGAUUCCUAGCUAUAUCGAGCCUGGCGAGCUAACUGCGCCACGGUGUCUAGAAGCAGACAGCAUGCUGAGAUAAAGCGAGACUAGAGUAUGAGCUCACACCGCAAAGACCGAGCAGCGGCUCCAACGCCCUGCUUCUCUUUGUGUGUGAGACGGAGCAAUCCUAAUGAUUUCUACAGAAGCGAUAGAUAAAUCAUCGAAUAAUAAGCUAGCCAUCGCUAGUCAUAAGCAAUCUGUACAUAAAGAUUGCCAUAGGCAGAGCCAGGAAGUGACUGCAUUCAAUUGGGGCUUUUUAUAAACUGCAUUCUUUUCAGAGGAGAGCUCACUGGAACAAUCAACGCAAUCUGCACAUAAAGAUUGCCAAGUGGCGCCUGUGGAUUUAGCCGAACGGGAAAAAAAGACUGAAAUGCAACAUUUUGUUCAUAAUAAUGUCGAUAGGUGUUGUUAGUUUGCGGAACUUGAUACCCGUUGAGCUAGUUUGGUUAAAUAAACAUCCCUAGGCAAUUAUAACUUAUAAAAAUGCAUAGCAGUCUGAAUAUAAAGAUUGCAUUUUUUGUUUUGUGUGCUUGACGAGUGCGUAACGUUAGGUUAGGAUAUCUGUCUUGUCGAUUUUGCUUUAUAAUGGCGGACGGGUUGUGCUUUGCUCGGAUCACUCGAGGCAAUGGUGGCUUUGUUUUUCUGACUGGAUCUACGGGAAAUGCUGUAGCUCGGAACGACUGUCUCGUGUCGCCAUCAUCCCCAUAUACGGCUCGAGGUAUCGUCUUAUAUCCGUGGGUCGCUAGCGGGGUAAAUAUAGUAGCAUUUUGUAAACGAGCGAGACUAAUGCCAGGCGGAGGAGAACAUAGCCGUUGUGUUUUUUUAAAGCUUGUUGGAAUUCAAAGAUGGCGACCGGGCAACUGUUCACGAAGACAAGCGGUUAAAGAUAGAGGGCGUGGUGUACCGCAGACUUCAGCCAAUCAGAGGAGGCGCUGUCAGCUGCUAUAUGAGAGAGGGAGACUUCUACAGAUGAAUCAAAUCCCCCUGUGGCCACGAGCAGAUGCAUGAAUUCAUAAAUACUGGCCUUUAGUCAGAACAACACUGGAUGCUUUGUGUUGACGAGUUCCAACACAAAACCAUCAUGCUAUUUGCUUAAAGAUGCCAGCUGUCUAUGCUACUCUCGAUUAAAAAGUUAAAGUAGGUUACAUGGGGUUGAACUUGAUCUAUAGUGCUGCAGUCUUAUAUAGGACAGGGUGUAAUGUAACUGUAAAAGUUAAAACAUUGUGUUUCUCCACAUCUGCAUUCCAUCAGAAACCUGACAUACAAUGUUAAAAGCUUUUUUCUUUCCAGUGAAUGUACACUCUUGUUGACUUUUUCUUGUUUGUUAUGACAAACUGACGUUUCCAGGAGUUGUGUGUAUUGUUCCGUGUAAAAGGAGUUCGCUUGUGACUAUAAAAAGUUCUUCAACAACAGUGUUGCGGUAAGCAGCUAUGGCCGUGGGCCCGGUGGACCCCAGAGAGGUGCUGAAAGGAGUGGAAGCUAUGCUGGGGAAAGAUGGAGAGCUACGAAGCCUUGAGGGAGUUGCUAAAGUCUUCAGUCUCAUGAAGGCCUCGCAUAAAAUGGUCAGCAGAUGCAUGUAUCUGAACAUCUUACUGCAGACAAAGUCACAUGAUGUACUUAAUCGGUUUAUUCGAGUCGGAGGCUACAAGUUGCUGAACUCUUGGCUCACCUACUCAAAGACCACCACCAACACCCCCCUGCUGCAGCUCAUACUGCUCACCCUGCAGAAACUCCCCCUGACUGUGGACCACCUCAAACAGAACAACACAGCCAAGCUUGUGAAACAUCUGAGCAAGAGCGGCGAGACAGAAGAGCUGAGGAAGCUGGCGUCUGUGCUGGUGGAAGGCUGGAUGGCUAUUAUCCGCUCUCAGAGCGUCUCCAGUGGAGUGUCACCCAAUGACAAGAAACGGAAAAAGGAGGAUGGAAAAGUGCGUCCAGAUGUGAAGCCCCGAGAAAAAGUAGCAGAGGAGGAGAAGAAAGAAAAACCAAAAGCUUAUGCCCCAAGUCAUGCAAAGAUCCGCUCUACAGGUUUGGAGGUAGAGAGUCCAGCUCCAGUUCCUGUAAAGAAACCCCCUCCUGCACCACAACUUGGAGACAAAUACAACAUCAAGCCUGCUCUUCUCAAAAGACCAAGCACAUCGCUGACUGACACACCACCAGUGGAGAAGAAGUACAAGCCCCUUAACACCACUCCCAACUCUACCAAAGAGAUCAAAGUCAAAAUUAUACCUGCACAGCCGAUGGAAGCCACUGGAUUUUUGGAUGCCCUCAACUCCGCUCCAGUGCCUGGCAUCAAGAUCAAGAAAAAGAAACCAAAAGCAGUUUCCCCUACCACUAACAAGCCCUGUCCGUUUGACAGCAGGCCGCAGUCAUACUCGGGCACACAGGCCAAACCCUCUUCCCCUGAGGCAGCCUCGUCUCAGACACCCCCUCAUGAGAACCCAGACCUGGAGCAGCCCGGCACACCCGUGCCCACCGAGGACCCUGACGCAAUGGAAACCGGUGAAAAACCCAAUGCUCUGGCUGAACCUCGCGGUGAGGAGGAGGCUCUGACUAAGAAAGGAAAGAAAAAGAAAAGUGUUCGGUGGGCGGAAGAGGAUCAUCUCAAAGAGUACUUCUACUUUGAUCUGGAUGAGACUGAGAGAGUGAACGUUAAUAAAAUUAAGGACUUCGGCGAGGCGGCCAAACGGGAGCUGAUGAUGGACAGGCAGACGUUUGAAAUGGCUCGUCGUCAUUCUCACGAUGCCAUGGAGGAGAGGGUGCCCUGGACUCCUCCUCGACCUUUGACCCUCAUAGGCAGUCUGGUCAUUCCUGCUUCCAGCAGCAGAGAGAAGAUGAUCCAGAGAGACCGAGAGAUGGGCAUUCUGCAGGAGAUCUUCCUCAGCAAAGAGAGUGUUCCAGACAGUCCUCAUGAGCCCGACCCUGAGCCGUAUGAGCCCAUGCCUCCUCGUCUCAUCCCACUGGACGAAGACAGCAGUAUGGAGGAGAGUUACAUGGAGCCCGCUGACACCCUGGCCUCCGGCGGCUCUAAUGAAAGCUCCAAGCUGCCUCCUGUUCUAGCUAACCUCAUGGGAAGUCUGGGCAACAGCGGCCGCAGCCCUCAGGCGCAAGGCAACGCCCCAGCAGCCAGUAAUAACCCCGCUGUCAAUGUGCAGGAACUGCUCUCAUCUAUCAUGGGUGCUCAGGGAUCUAACCAGUCUCCAGAGGACCUGAUCAAACAGCCGGAUUUCUCUGAUAAGAUCAAGCAGCUUUUGGGCUCUCUGCAGCAAAACCAGAACCAGAAUCCGAAUCAGAACCAACCUCCCCAUGCUCCGCCAAUGAACACGGGUCUGCUUGGCCAUGGCCCCGGCAUGAACAACAUGAACAACAUGCCGAUGCCCAUGAACGGUGGUUUCCCUCCAAACAAGCCCCCUGGACCACAUUUCAACCAUCCUCCUCCUCCUCCCCACGGCCACGGCCCACCCUUCAACCCCGGCGGCCCCCGCAUGAUGGGUCCUCCUCCCGGUCCGCCGGGCCGCGGGGCGGACAACGGCAACUACUGGGGCGACGACUCCAUGAGAGGAGGCCCACACCGGGGAGGACACUUCCACCGGGGCAGAGGGAGAGGAGGAGACCCGGGCUUCAGAGGACGAGGGGGACGCGGAGGACCACGUGGGGGACACAACAACAUGGGUGACAUGUCAAAAAGGCCGGUUUGUCGUCACUUCAUGAUGAAGGGAAACUGUCGGUAUGAAAACAACUGUGCGUUUUACCACCCCGGUGUAAACGGCCCACCUCUUCCUCCCCAGCACGGACACUAA